UAUUUAUAUGAAAUUAUUUAUUUGUCCUGUGCUUUUACACAAAAAGCCCGGGGUUUCUUUUUCUUUUUUUUCUGUCAGAGGGAUUAAACUCGCCUUUUCUGGAAAACAAGUACAGAGGUAACGAACGCCAUGUUGACACGACAACGCCAACUGGGAGGCCAAAUAGCACCUGGGAUAACGUUAUUCCCUGCAUUUUAUUAACGUUAUCUCAACCAACGAUCAACCGACUCAAGCCAGCUUUGAAGGGAAAAAGAGUAUGGCUAAUGAGCUAUACUUCUAACUACCAAACUUCACAAUCCAGCGAUUAUAAAGCGGCGGUUAAUCACUUUCCCAUCGUUACGGACGGUUAAUUAAUCAACGCUAGUUCAAUUUAUUUUGAUUACGGUGACAGUUGCUCUAACGUCGCAGUUGUAAAAAUAAAAGCGAUCGUCUUUUGCUAACAUCGGGCCUGUUUCUAGGCUAAACUAGCAACAUUAGCCUGUUAGCAACUUUAGCUAGUUAGCAGCUGACUCAAAACUGUUGGCAGCGACAGUUAAGCUAAGCUAACGGCUAAUGCUGUUUUGUUGUUGGUAAUAUCUAAUUUACCGACGCUCUCAGCUUCAACAUCGUUUAAUCACAUCGCGCCAACUAAUAUUUCCAGACCGACAGAAGAUUAUUUAAUUAAUUUAGGCUAUUAAAUCGUCGCGAAAUCAUUUCAAAUGCAUUCGUUCAGUUGGCGGUGGGAAGUAACUUGUCCCUCAGUUUAGCACUGCGCACUUAAUCAAUUCCCUCAAGUCUUCGUCCUUAGUUGUAAAUAAAUUAGAAAAAAAGUUGUUGUAAUCCCCUUAACACGAUUAUUAUCUUGCUUUUAAAUUACACCCGAUCUUACACUUAAUCUUAGUAUUUAUUUUUAUUUUAUUUUAUAGGAAUCGACUAAUUAGUUAUGUCGCUUCUUAUAGUUGCUAGUGUUAUAAACGUGUAGCUUGUUGUUCAUGGAUAUCUGUCUAACAUGUCACUUUUAUUCACAGUCGUGCCCUCACUGACUCGCCCCAAACAUCCCCAAAAAGUCCCCCCUCAAAAAAUGUGUAAAACGUCUGCAAAGCAUCCCAGAAGUGUUUCAAGUCAAACACAAAGUACCCUUUUCCACAGUCCCCAGUUGGCAGAUUUGCUGUACCCAGUUGGCCCCACUUCCAAAAAACCCCACAAACCCCACUAGUGUCCCCGAGAGGUUAGAGGGAAAAACUUCUUUUUCUUUUUCUUUUUUUCAAUGGUUUUGAAUGCAAAAUGUGAAGAAAACCUGUCACAGCCAGAGGAUGGAGAGCUGGAGGAGGGCGAACUGGAAGACGACGGGGGAGAAGUCGGGGAGGAGGAAGUGGGUGGAAGCGUGUCUGCGGCGGUAGCAGGUGGAGACGGAGGCGAUGAAGCCGGGGGAGGAGGCGAAGCCGGAGGGGAAGGGGCCGUGGAGAGGCCUCGGCGGAGUAAGGAGCACCACGGCAGCAGCGGCUCGGACGACGAGAGGUCCCACCGUCGCAAGAGGAAGCGGAAGAAAGAGAGGGAGAGGGAACGGGAGAAGAGGAGGGCCAAGAAGAAACGCAAAUCAAAACAUAAACGCCACGCAUCCUCUGACGAUGACCACUCGGACUUCAGCGACGACUCCGACUACAGUCCCAGUGAAAAGAGGAAGUACAGAGAGUAUAGUCCACAGUAUCCACCCGCCCCUCACGGACCCUACGGCGGCUCAAAGAAGGGCGGCUACAUGAAGAUGGAGAAACAGGGCUACGGAGGCUACGACGACUAUGAAGAGGACAAUUAUGAAGGAGAGGAAGAAGAAGACAUGGGCGAAGAAGACUACGACGACUUCACCAAGGAGCUCAACCAGUACCGCAAGGCCAAGGAGGGAGGAGGAGGAGGCCGCGGAGGACGAGGGGGCAGAGGUCGCAUGAAGAACCAGAGAGGCCGCGGGGGAAUGAGAGGAGGGAGGCGGGGGCGAGGAGGAGGAGGAGGAGGAGGAGGAGGCAGAGGGAGAGGAGGACGAGGUGGAGGCGGAGGUGGAGGUGGAAAGAUGGGAGGAGACGAUGAUGGAGACGGCUACGGAGAAGAGAUGGAGUACGUAGAUGACGACUACGACAACAUGGGGGAGGACGACUACGACGACUACUCGAAAGAGCUCAACCAGUACAAGAAAUCCAAAGACAGAGGAAGAGGUUUGUCUGUUCUCUCACGUCUAAGAGGAGGACGAGGCGGCCGCGGCCGAGGCCGAGGUAAAGGAGGACGGGGGAUGAUCAGAGGAUUAAAAGGUCGGAACCGAGGAAGAGGAAGAGGAGACAUGGGGAACGACGACGACAACAACGGAGACAUGGACAAUGGGGACGGUGAUGGACCAGGACCAGGACUAGGGAGGAGGAAUCAGAAUGAAAAGCACCAGGAUAAGAAAGGAAAGGCGAUCUGCAAGUACUACAUCGAGGGCAGAUGCACCUGGGGGGACCACUGCAACUUCAGCCACGACAUUGAGCUGCCAAAGAAGAAGGAGCUGUGCAAGUUCUACAUCACCGGGUUCUGCGCCCGAGCCGACCACUGCCCUUACAUGCAUGGUGAAUUCCCCUGCAAGCUGUUCCACACCACAGGAAACUGUGUCAACGGUGACGAGUGCAUGUUCUCCCACGAAGACCUCAAUGAUGACACUCAAGAACUGCUCAACAAGAUGCUGGCAGAGGAUGCGGAGGCUGGAGCUGAGGAUGAGAAGGAGGUGGAGGAGCUGAAGAAGCAGGGAAUCAACCCUCUUCCUAAACCCCCUCCUGGAGUCGGCCUCCUCCCCACCCCCCCACGGCCUGUUCCCAUAGACCCAAACUCGGGGCCCGGAGAUUUUGGCGGCCCUGUGACCGGAGACUUUGGGGGUCCUCCUACUGGUCCUAACCAGAUGCCUAUGUCUGGCAAAUGUCCCCCUGGACCAGGACCACUUCCCGGCCCAAACCCCUGCGCCGGUCCACCUGUCCACAGUCCCGACGGUAGUCCCUACCAAGGCGGACCCCCGAAUCCCGCCGGCCCUCCUCCCUCCCACAUGGGCCCCCCACCGCCCGUUGGUGGAGGGGGAGGCGGAGGGAAGAAGAUCCCCUCGUUGUUUGAGAUUAAAGUUCAGCCGACAGGACAGUUGGCGCAGAAACUGGCCGUCAGAACCACUCCCAACCAGGGCGCCCAGGGUCAAACAGCAGCACCCGGACCCCAGGGACCACCUGGAGCCCCCCCUACCUGCUUCCCCGGCCCCCCAGGCAUGAUGUCCCCCGACAUGCAGAACAUGGGGCCCGGGAUGAACCAGGGCCCCCCCAACAUGGGCCCCGGCGGACCACCCAUGAUGGGAGGCUUUCCGUCCGGCGAGGGCCCCCCACACGGAGGCGGCAUGCCCCCGGGUCCGCCGCAGGGUGGAGGAAACUUCUUCAACAACUUCUACAACCCGCAGGACGGCAUGAAGAUGGAGGGAGUGGUGCAGGAAGGUGACAACUACCAGGGUUUCUCUGGCAUGGACGAGAGAGGCGGCCCGGGAAAGUUCAGCAAUCAGUCCGGAGGCCAGGAAGGUUCUGCUAACGGAGCCUCCGCCGGCCAGGGAGGGAUUUCUGUGCCCGACUUUCUGCCUCCAGCGCAGCGCGUCCUGUUCAUGAGGAUCCAGCAGAAACAACAGGAGGAAGAGGAAAGAGCUCGCAGGAUGGCCGAGGGAGGAGCAGAGAAGAGUAAAGACACCGAAGGCGACUCAGGGAACUGGUACUCGAGCGAGGACGAGGACGGCGGCGGCAGCGUGACCUCCAUCCUGAAGACGCUCCGUCAGCAGACCCAGCCGUCUCAGAAAUCAGACGGACUCCCCAGUGACCCCCGUCUUCAGAAGGCGUCCCCCGCCAACCCUCCCCCUCGCCCGGCGGACCCCCGCUUGGCUCGGGACCCCCGCCUGGCGCGCGCCGACUCGAGUCAAAUCUCCGACCCCGCCCACUCGAUGCCGGCUCCGUCUUCCUCCGGGCCGCCGGCCGACCCCAGGUUGGCCAGACUCGCCGCCGCCGCAGCCUCGGCCGGAUCCUCCUCCCACUCGCCUCCCGCUCUUAAACCAGAGCCUCCUCUCGUCUACAAGCCCCCGCCGCUAACAGCCCCAGCGGCGGAUGAGGAGGAAACGGAGCGGGUUCUACGGGACAAGCCCGUGCCCAUCCCCCUGGACCCCCUCAUGGGCAUGGCGCUCAGAGACCCCCGCUCCCAGCUGCAGCAGUUCAGCCACAUCAAGAAAGACAUUCUCCUCCACAUGCCGGCCUUCUACAAAACCAUCACCUGGUCGCCUGAAGAUCUGCUCCCGCUCCCGAUCCCCAAGCAGGACCUCCUCCCGCUCCCGCCGGGCAUCCCCCCGGUGUCCUCCCUGGACCCACGUCUGUCCCGCGCUCAGCAGCAGCUCCACACAUCCCAGCCUCCUCCCAUACAGCCUCCUCCCACCUCCGAACCCCCACCUCCUUCCUCCUCGUCCACCUCCUCCUCCUCCUCCCUCCCGGACUUUGAGCUGCUGUCUCGUAUCUUGAAGACUGUGAAUUCCAGCGCGUCCCAGAGCCCCUCCCCUCCCCUGUUGACGCCCGCCGCCGUCCCCAUGUCUCAGCCUCCCCCCGUGCCUCCCGCACCCAUAGACAAGCCCGUUGACCCCCGCGUGGCUCGCAAGGACCCCCGUCUCCAGCCGCAGAAGUCGGCACUGAAGCAGCCGUCGGAACCCGCGCCCCCGCCUCUUUCCUCUGCACCUUCGACCGUCGCCGCCGCUGCCAGCUCCUCCCCACCUUCCAUCGCCCCGUACGACCCCAGGCUGCUGUCCUCGGGUGGAGCAGGGCGCAGUGUGGGGACGGGGGCACCAGGGGGAGCCAGCGUGCUGAGCAGCAUCAGCCUAUAUGACCCUCGGACUAACAAACCAGGCAGCCCUGGUGCCAGCAGCGGCUCUAACAGCUCCCCCAGCUCGGUCAGCACGGAUUCCAAACCUAGCGACGCAACGACGACGACGACGACGACGACGACAAGUAAACCCAAGUCGAAGGAGCCCCUGUUUGUUCGGAAGUCCGCGCUGGACCAACCGGAGCCGGAGAAAAGCGUGGAGCAAGGGACCGACCGAUACAACAGCUACAACAGGCCCCGGCCCAAGCCCGCCCCCUCACCCAACGCCGCGGCUCAGGGCGGACCCGCCGUAGCCGGGUCGGCGGCGGCGGCGGCGGCGGCAGGAGCGGGGGGUCAGGGCGCCGCCGGAGCCGCCGCAGAAGGUGCGCCCGCAGGCGUCCACAACCUGCCCGUGUCCUCCCUGUUCGGCGUGGUGAAGCAGGCCGCCAAGCCCGGCGGGACGAGCAGCCCCUUCGGAGGAAACAGCCCCGCGCAGACGGACGCGGCGACCGCGGAGCAGGACAACGCCUCGCUGAAGGAUGUUUUCAAAGGCUUCGACCCCACGGCCUCACCCUUCUGUCAGUGACCUCGAAAAAAAACCCCAGAACCGCAGAGUCCCACAGAGACGUGGUCGGGGGCGUCAGAUGGUUUUAACAUUUUUUUUUUUUUUUGGACACUGAACUUAUCAGUGAAAAAAAAGAGGAGAAAGAAACGCACUGCGGCAACUGGCUGUGACAGAGACGAAGACAAAAGUUUUGUGAACAAAUUGACUUCACACACUCUUCACCACAGUGUUGCAGAAUCUAGAGGUUCUAUAAAAAGACUCUCGGGUAACGGGAAGGGUUUAAAGUUAAAUCUCUAUUUUAAACAAACUUAUUGAUGUAUAAAUAGAUGUAUUCUCUUCAUCUCAGUGCUUAGUGAAAACAGUUAUUCAGACGGCAACAAAAACACGUUUAUAUGGAAAGAACGUUUUAGCUUCACGUCUCUUUUUUCUUUUUCUUUUUUUUAUUUUAACCGUUUCAUCUUUAAACUGUUUGAUGUGUUCGUAUAUUUUUUUUUUGGGGGGGGAGGGAGAACAUGGGUUUCUUUUUUCUUUUUCUUUUUUCCAAACUAAAUCUUAUUUGUGAUGCUUCUGUGAGUAAAUCGACAGCACUAAGAUCCGUCAUGAACCGACUGCAUCACCUGUAUUUCCUCCACAAACUGUUUCUCACACAGACGCAAACAUUCUCUUCGUGUUUUCUGCAGAGAGAAAUAUAUAAACAUAAAUCUAUAUUCUGCUUGAUUUGUUUUUUUUGUUUUUUAGUAUUUAUUUUUCUACUUCUUUGCACUGUCCGAUGAUCUUCUCUGAGGCUUGUAUAAAUAUUUUUAAUGUGUGUUGCUCCUUCCUCAGCUGUUCAUUUUACACAUUUUUUCAUUUUCAGGUAUUUAGCUCUUAACCCAAACGGUGCCGGUUACAGGAUGUGACCUGUGACCUUUCAGCGCCAUAACCUCCAUAUAACCACUACGCCCUGGCUGCCUCCCCUCCACAUCACACAAAAAUAUGCCUUUAGCCGUCCUGUUGCUAUGCAGAGAAAACAUUUAGUUUCAUCAUGAUACGUUCUAGCUACCUGUUGCUUAGAUGUAUCAUCAUCAGCCUUUUUUGCAGGAACAGCUUUGUUUUGCUAAUGCACCAGUCUUUUCAUCUAGAUGUUACUUAUUUUGUGUAUAUGGAAAGAAGCAGAAAUCCCUGCAGAUCAUUUUAGGGGUCGGUGGCUUUGUGACAAUCAGAAAACUACACUUGGACCUAAUGUUCAGUCAUUGUUUGAGCCUUGACAGGAUAAGUUAUAACCUCCCAGAACUUCCAUUCCUUGUUUUUUCUGCCGUUCACCGUAAAAAAAAAAAAAAAAAAAAAACAGUCGGAGCGAGGAGCGAGUGGCAGCGUCUGAAUCAGGGCGAUGAAAAAAACGCAGUUCGUUAGAGUGAACGUGGAGGAGUCGUCGCGCUAGUGGAGCUUAUCGAUGUUUUUUUGACUUCCAGAAGAUUGUACAACAGCUCUCAGGAUCAUUGUCGACAGUCUUGUGUAUAAAUGUUGAUCAUUUUAAUUUAUUUUUUUAUACUUGGGUAAAUGUACCUCCUCACUUCUUUCUUUCUUUCUUCUUUUUCUUUUUUUUUGUUUUGAAUCAUUUUGUAUGUCACAGCGUGUGUUCACCGCUCACCUCAGUGGGAUGCAGGCGCUCGUUUCUUCAUCUUGUUUCAUGUAUAAAGAUUUAAACUAACAAAGGAUUCACUAUUUGCUCCUCUCUCCUCCCCGGCCGUUCGGACUCCGGGUCUGGAGCGUUAUGCUUCAUCUUUUAUUUUACGUUUUGUUUUUGUUUUUUUUUUGUUUUUUCCUCCUCACUCUGUAAAUUUAACCAGUUUCCUUCCUGACUUUGGAGGAGUGGUGGCGUUUUCUAACUGUACACUGUAGGUGAGGUUGUAAGUAUUUAAAUAAAGUUGAUACAUGAUCAACCAGUUA